CAGAGAUCCCUGAUCACUAGCAGUGAGAGUACACAGCAUAUCCGUCUUAUAGCAACUCCUGCCUGACACUUGGGUGCUACCGAGCCCAGAUAGUCGCGUAAAUAGCGGAGCGGUAUCUGAGGGUGUCAGUACCUUGGAUUAAAAGAUGAAGUCUGCCAAGAACAUUGGAACUCAAGAAAGACUCAAGAAAGAUUAAAGUUAAUUAUUCAUUAAAUAUUGAAUCUUGAACCCCCCCACCAAAAAUAAAAAAAAAGGUCUGAAUAAUCAAAAUGGCAACAGCUUCACCUUCAGGCGGUGGGCAUGCUGGCCAGUCUGGACUUUCAGGGAUGAAUAAUCAAUAUAAUCCCGGAUCUCUAGCUGUUGCUGUGUGGGAAUGGCAAGAUGAACAUUCAACAUGGAGACCUUAUAGUAGUAUGGUGAGCAGCUAUAUAGAACAAUCUUUGGCAUCUCAUCAGCAGCAAAAGGGCCCUCGUGUUCUGGGAAAUAGUAACAGCAUAUCUCUUGGAACGAUCGAUCCUAAAUUAGCUCCAUAUAUAAUUGAUAUAGCAACCCUUACACAAUUUCGUCAAGAUACAGGAACAAUGAGGUUUGUCAGGAAGAAUCUCUAUCCAUUGGAUUCUGCACCCGCCAAAGGAAUUUGUUGGGAGUGGAAGACAGAUGAAGGAUCCUGGGCUGCUUAUGAAAUGCAAGUUGGCAUAUUCUUGGAGGAAAAUUUCUCAAAUGGAAACCCACUGGUUGAUCUUGGCAUAUUUGGACUACAUUACCAGGUUGACUUUGUCUCUCUUACUCAGAUGAAUAAAAUGACAGGUUUCCGAAGGCAAGUUCAGAGACGAUUGGAUACAUCUUAUCCGUUAACUUCAAAGAUUGGACCACUUCACAAAUCAUCUGCGUGUGCAUGUCACCAGUGCCUAGCAAGCAGUGGUACAAGACCUAUUUCUGGUCGUUAUCGACACUCCAUGAUAAACCUACCAACUUCCUCAAACCAUCAAAAUUCUAGUCGGACGUCACUUAUAUCUACCAACAAUGUUGGGUAUUUACCCUAUGCCAAACCUUCCAUGGCAAGUGCAAAGUCAACACCAAAACUUAAUAGCACAUGGAUACCAUCCUCUACAUCUGUUCCCUUUGCUGGGCCAUCAUCUGCCAAUGGAAUAAACAUACCAUCUUUGCCAGUCCAGGUGCAAACACACAGCACAAUGAAACAAGCUCUUGCAGGCAUGACGGCUUUUCUGAUGUCUGCGGCUGGCCUCCCUGUGCGUCCAACUACUGUACCUUCACUCUCCAACCCAACCACGACCAGUAAACCUGAUAAAAAUCAAAGCUCAGUUAGGAGAUUGAGGAAAAUGCCAAAGAAAGCAGCAACUACUGAUCCUGAACAAGUUGUGAAGAGCUACCUUGAGAACUUGGACAAGCCCCCUGAAGAAGACUGUAUUAUCUGCAUGGAAACGUUGACUGCAGCGUCAGGAUAUACCGAUUCCUCAGAAAGCAAGAAGAUCAAACCUACUGCAGUGGGCAAGCUUAAGAAGUGUGGUCAUGCUUUCCAUCAGCUCUGCAUGUUGGCUAUGUAUAACAACGGAAACAAGGAUGGCAGUUUGCAAUGCCCUGCUUGUAAAACAAUCUACGGAGAGAAGACAGGAACACAACCUAAAGGAAAAAUGGAGAUUUUCUUAAUCAAUCAGUCUCUGCCUGGCCAUCAUGACUGUGGUACUAUUCACAUUGUAUACAGCAUCUAUUCAGGAAUGCAGGGUCCUGAACACCCAAACCCAGGGAAACCAUAUACAGCUAGAGGCUUUCCACGUCACUGUUAUCUUCCAGACAGUGAGAAAGGAAAAAUGGUACUAGAUCUGCUGAAGCUGGCCUGGUCAAGACGCUUGAUUUUCACUAUUGGUGUGUCCAAUACAACAGGUGAAACUGAUACAGUUGUAUGGAAUGAAAUCCAUCACAAGACUGAAAUGAACUCUAACAUAAGCGGACACGGCUAUCCGGAUCCAAAUUACCUGGACAAUGUCAUUGCAGAGCUUUCUGCCCAAGGGGUCUCACAAGACUGCUUAAACAAGUAAAAGACUAUGCAAAUGACUGUCCUACUAUGUUUGGAGGGCAUCGCAUUCAUUAAAACAAUGCCUUAAAGUUUUUACUUUAUUUUGCUAUUUUUUUGUAAAGCAAUAUAUGUCUUAAUGAGAGAUUAUGAAGAAAAAAAGAUAAUGCUGGGGAAACCUGUCUUGAUUUCUUCAAGACUGAUAUGCUGGUUUGUACUAGCACCCCUGCAGGACAGGGACUAGUUUGUAUCAGUGCUCCAUCUUGUUCAUCCCUGAUCAUGUAUACAGAGUAUUGCAUUCCCUUGACAAGUAAAAAUAUAACUGAUCAGAGAUGCCUGGCACAUCCUCAAAAUGGCAUGUGAGUAGAAUUCUUCUUUAAUGUUUUAUGAUCAUGUUUCUCCUUGUAGGUACGCUAAUGGCACUUAACAGAAAUUAUGAAAAUAUUUACUAUGUCUCAUGUUAAGCAAGAUAAUAUUUUUACACCAUGUAGAGGCUCCUUUGUUCAUAUAAAAUGAGGUAUUUAGAUGUCUCCUUUUUUUUUUUUUUCCCUUUCUUCAAACUGAUAUAAUGCGUACAGGAAAGUUUAAUGAAUAUAUGUAAAUUACUCCUAUGGAUGGAAAUAAAUACAACCUGACAAAGUCCUUCAAAAAUGAAAUUUAAACCCCCUUUACCUUCUUCAAAUUCAUAAUUGAAUUGUGUUUUUUAAAGUAUGGCUUUCAGUAUAUAUUACAUAACUUUCAUUCAUAUAUAUUGAUUGAAUAUAACUUUUUUUGUGUUCAAAUGGCACUUACAUAAUGCUGUAAUUGUUUUGAAUACAUGUAUUUAUAACUAAGGUGGUGCCUUUAGCAAUAAAACAACCUUUUUAUUGGCUUCUUAUUAAUGGGAAAAUGUAUAGGUCACACAGAGCACUCUUUAAACAUGUUAAGCAACUUAUGUAUGAAAAAGGGGUUGAGGCUGCUUAUUUUAAAUUUGAAACAUAUUUAAAGUGCAUGUGCAGUAUGGUCCAUGCACUAGAAGCUCUUUUGGUGCCCAGUGACACACCCUACAAUCAUAAGUACAUUUUUGUCCCUCAGUAUGGGCACUGUAAUACAUUUUAAAACAUACUUUUUUCUAGCCGUUGCUUCUGGGAAAUACCACUCCUUACCACUAGGAGUAGGAAAAGAUUCCCAAAACUCCAAGAGCCCUUUAAAACCCCUCCCACCUUACUGGAAACCAGUCUUAUCUUUGCUUCUGCAGGAGGAAGGUGAAGAAUGAAGGUGCUCCAGAUGUUAUUCAGGGAAGAGGGGUCGUCAGACCAAUUUGAGGCCCAGUUUCCCCUCAGAGAGCUGUUUGACAGAGGGAAGCUUUUGCAGUAUGGUUUAGUGGCAUAAUUACACCCAGUGGGAAUUUAGUCACAGUCCUGCCAAAGGUGUUCCUGGAACCUGACCUAGCAUCCUCCUGUUGGAUUGUCAUUAUUCUCUAUAUACAUAGAUCCUCUGCUGUCACGUGUACAGCACUGGAUGGAUGUCUACUGAAAGCAUUAUAUUCCUGCAAGUGGUAAGUCCAGUAGUGUGGGUGCCUACUAGGUAAGUAUGGGGUUUGUUAUUGUAGGCACUCCCUUAGCUUAUAGGCUAUUAGUAGGUACACUCUGUUACAUCAGGGUAAGGCCAGUGGAGUGGGCAUGUGCUGGGCAAGUUCCUGCAAUCCUCACACAGCUGCAUGCUAUCAGUAGGUACAUGAGUCUAUGUAUAUCUUAGCCGGUUUUCAGCAGCAUGGUUCACAGAUAAAAUGCCUCCGGAUAAACUCUGUAAACAUUUUUCCUAUUAUAGGGUGCUUUACACAGGGGAAUUUGGCACAUACCUUAACGGGACAUUAAACUCCAAAAUUUUCUUUCAUUAUUCAGAUAGAGAAUACAAUUUUGCUUUGUUCUAAUGGUAUUCUUUGUUAAAGGGAUACCUAGGUAGGUAGCAUGCACAUGCUUGAAGCACUGCAUGACAGGAAAUAGUGCUUCUGCUAAUGUAUAACAUUAUUGUAAAACUUCUGCCAUAUAGAGCUGCAGACACAUGCACGCGUUUAUUUUACUGCUUUUCAACAAAGGAUAACAGAAAAUUAAGAAAAUUUGAUAACAAAAGAAAAUUGGCAAGUUGUUUAAAAUUGUUUGCUCUAUCUGAAUCAUGAAAGAAAAAAAUGGGUUUUAUGUCCCUUUAAGUCCUAACAUUAGUGGUUCAGGGCAUAGGGGAGUUAAUGCACUUUUGCUGAUAUUCAGUAUGGUAAUGUCUGGCACUUUCAAAGAAAUAGCAAUGGUGCUUUAUUCUUUAGGUCCUAACAUUGGCUGUCAAUGCACAGGGAGUUAAUGCACUUCUUAAUAAUCAGUAUGGUUAUGUGUACUUUUGUUUAUUCAUUUAUGGAUUGUUUAACAAAUGUUGUUAAUGUGGCUAAUUUAUGUUCAACCUCUUGAUAUUGGUCGGCAGCCGACUCUCUUUGCGCUCUUCUCUCUGUUACUAGGGGAGUGCUAAGGAGGUGCUGGAGACUUUGUCCUGAAGGGACGUAUUAAAGAAUUUCACAAGGUUAUUUUUACGCCAGAGAGGAGAAUGUUAACAAAAAUUCUCACCACUCCGGUUUUGGCCCACUCACCGCUCCCUCCGCCAUGUAGUGUUUUUGUGGCUGCCAUUCAUCAGCCCAUUUUCCAGCGUGCAUCAGAUUUCGAUCUGUGGUAUCCGGAGGGGGUGAGAAUAUUUUUCAGGGAGCACAGGGGGUUAUUCCUAGGAAUUAAACCCUAAGAAAAUUGGGCACUUGUUUUUUUACCCUUGUUAUUCUCAAAAGGGGGUGUAUAUUAUCAGUGUGGUUUGUUAAAAUUUUAGUGCAUUGCUGUGCAGCCAUUUUUCCGUACAGAACUUUUUACUUUGAUUAAUGUACUGUGCGGUAAUCAUGCAGCUGUGCAUAUUGUUUUAUGUGUAUAAAGUUUAGUGCUUCUCCUUGCUGAUAUCGGUUUGCAGAGCUAUUUACUUAAAGGGAUAGUAAACACCAAAAAUGUUAUUGUUUAAAAAGAUAGAUAAUCCCUUUAUUUACCAUUUCCCAGUUUUGCAUAACCAACAAAGUUUUAUUAAUAUAUUUUUACCUCUGUGAUUACCUUGUAUCUCUGCAGACUGCCUCCUUAUCUCAUAUCUUUUGACAGACUUGCAAUUCAGGCAGUUAGUGCUGACUCUAAAAUAACUCCACAUGCAUAAACACAAUGUUAUAUUUAUUAAACUCAUUAACUAAUGCCCUCUAGCUGUGAAAAACUAAAAUGCAUUCAGAUAAGAGGUGGCCUUCAAGAGCUUAGACAUUAGCAUAUGAGCUUACCUAGGUUUAGCUUUCAACUAAGAAUACUAAGAGAAUAAAGCAAAUUUGAUGAUAAAAGUCAAUUAGAAAGUUUUUUUUUAAAAUGACAUGCCCUAUCUGAAUCAUGAAAGUUUAAUUUGGACUUUACUAUCCCUUUAAAAUCAAUCUAAAUUAUUUUAUCUGUAUACAGUAAUGUAGUGAUGCUAAUGCUGCUGCAGUUUAGCUUUACAGAAAAUUUAGUGCAUUGUUGUGCUGCCAAUUUUGUACAGAUUGUUAUUUUACUGUAACAGUGAUGAUGCUUCUGUAUAUUACUGUAUGCAAUGUGCCAGUGCUUUCUCUUGUUGCUGGUGGUGGUCUGUUGACAUAGUGUCACAGUCAAGACUUUUAAAAUUACCUUAGGGAAACUAACUUGAUUGGUACUGAUCUGGAGUUUUCCAUUUCCUAUGUCAAGAGUGGCAGAGAGUGCUUUACCCAGGAUAAAGGAUCUAGAGAUAUCAGUUAAUCUGGCAUUCCGUUUCAUUCCAUUUGUCAUUGCUAGAAUCUGUAAUUUUCAUCUCUUCAGACAUCAAAUUCCCUUGAAUCAUCAUAGAAUGCAUUCUAGAUUGGAAUAAAUUCAGGUUAAACAACUAGUCUACUUCUAAUGCAAAUCUGCAGGAAGGUGCGAUUCCUCGUUCCAGAUUCUUUGCUGAUUGGGGACAGACUCAGCCUUUCAGAAGACUUAGUAUCUGUCUGUUUGGGAAUCCUGGAUACUGGAAAUAUUUUCUCAGAGGCAUAGAUUGGCUUUUGCUUGGGGUGAGCGGCCUUCCUUCAGUGGUGGGGGAUCUGAACGUCAUGAGAGUAUUUGUUCUGUAUCUGGCUUAGAACAAUGGUGAGUUUUCUAUUUGAGUCUGUUCUUUCAUGGUGAGAAGGAUAAAAUGUUCAAUCGUAUUCUAUUUUUGCAACCCAUGACAGACUGCUAAGGUUUCUCAAGAAGACUAUAAGUCUAUUCUCCUUUUGAUCAUCCAGGAUCAGUUUGGAACAUCAAAAGACUUUAUAGGAUGCUUCCUGCAAAUCCCUUUUCUUCAUUAUGACUUAUUGGUCAAGCAUUAUCAGCCUCAAUCUCAGAAUGUUUUUGAAUUUUUUUUGUACGCUCUCCUGUCCGUCGUCAAUUCAGUGAGUAACAGUAGCUCCUUCUUUUCUCCUUUAACGUCUGUUCCUAUAGAGGAACUACUCUGUUGGAGACCACACCUCCUUAUCUAUCUAGGCCCUUUUUAUUUUUUGCAACAUAUUAAAAAAUAUAUAGUACAAAACACGAACAAAAACGUCUGACGUGUUUCGCGCCCCCUAGUGGUCCUUACUCAUAGACUUCAGGUGAUACACCUGAUACCCUCUUAAAUAGUGGCACCAGGAAAUAAACACAUUAACUCUUAAAUGUCUCAGAAUUACUAAUAUCAACAUAAGACAAUUGAAAACAAAACAUUGUGUAGAAUUAUAUAGUCCAAUUCAUAUGGUGCAGAGUUGCAAAGAAAGAAAAGACUAACAUAAAUAUAUUCAAUUAUAUGUGUAUAAUACAUCAAGGUGAUUCUGAACAUUUGAUACUGCAGUAAUUGAUGGAAUAAGGACUAACUUGUGUAAAUACACAACCCUGUGCUGUGCAGUAAAAGAAAAACACAGAUUAGGGUAGAAAUGAGCAUAUCAUAAAUUUAUCAACAUAUUAUCAGAGUUCAAUCAAACAAAUUCAUACCUAAUGGAUACCACAUUUUAUCCACUAGUUUCAUCAUUGAAUGAUUUAUAGUUACAGACUUUGCUCUGAGAUUACAUUUUAUGUUUCUGGAUUUCAUCAAAUGAAGGAUUAAAAACUUAAAGGGAUAUAUUUUUCUUUUUUAAUAUUUUGAAAUAAAUAUUUUCUUUUAAUUCACUGCUGUGCUGCUGGAUAUUGUUCUACCACGUUUUGUCUGCAGUUGGUUCUCUGCUUUGAACCGUCAUUGCACCCUGCCUAUGUGCUAUUUUUCCUUUGCUGCCGUAGUUUUUUGUGGCCCCUGACAUCAUUAGUGUGAACCCAGGAUCGUGUGCUGCUGGUGAGUUCGGAGCAGCCAUUUGCUACUUUUCUUUUUAUUUAUUUUUUGUCUGUUUUCUUUGGUGGAUAGGCCACAUUACAGUUGGGGACGAUUUUCCUCUUAUUUGUCAGGAGAAGUACUUUCCAUGGAUGCCAACCUUUUGUGAGUUAGGUCCUUCACUAGGAGAGGUAACCUAUAAUACACACACAGUAUAUAUAUGUGUGUGUGUGUAUAUAUAUAUAUAUAUAUAUAUAUAUAUAUAUAUAUAUAUAUAUAUAUAUAUAUAUAUAUAGAGAGAGAGACAGACACAGAGACUUUAUCGUCAUGGUUCUUCAGGCUUGGUCUACAUGGAUCAUCGAGGUGGCUAUUGCAGUGUUCUAACAAUGAAAGAGGUUUCUCACAUACUGAAUGGGCAGCGGUUCAUCUUUGUGCCGUCACAGCAUUUUACAUUCCCGGGUCAACAAGUGGAAGUGGAUUUUAUGAGUCAAUCAGGAAAGGUAAUCAGCAAUUUUAUUUGCUUCUGCUUGGUUCCGUGGGAUUCGGAAUACUGAUCUUGUUCUGAUGUUCAGUUUUUUGGAGUUGUCUCAGCAUUUAGAUCUGUGUCCUAAGUAACUUGGAGAUGAAAAUCACGUUAUUGCCCAACGGUGGUCUCUCUGACUUUGUAGUGGAUGUUUUGGUUCAGACUUACAAGCAUAUCACUAGAAAGAUUUUCCACACAGGUAAUCUUUCUUGGGUUAAACUCAGGGCUUUACAGGGCAUUCUGUUCGCAUUCCCUGAAUCUUAAAAUUCUUGAGGAUGGUUUAAACAAGGGUCUAUUAGCCUGCACUCUAAAGGUUUCCUUUUCAGUCCCUUUAAUUUUAAUAUAGAGGAAGCUUGCACGUUUUCUAGAUAUUUGGAUACUGGUUCAGGCUUUGGUUAGAUCCAAACUGGUAUCAUGCCCUUUCUUUUCUAAAUGGAAUUUGCUCUUGGUUUCAAUAGGUUUUGCAACCUCAUUCAUUUGAAUCUAGGUCCUGAUUCGAUAUCUUUGUCAGAGGGCUUAUUGCUCACUCUGAAGGUAGACUGGGCAUUACAAUAUUUGUCUAUUGGCUAUUAUGACUUUCAGCUGUCUUAAAGUUUAUUUGUUUUGUUUUCAAGUUAACGCAAGGUCGAAAGGAGAUUUAAUUUCUGUAGCUUUAUGGUUGAAGCGUCUAUUUUUCUGAGAUAAUGUGGAGGCAUGUAAGUUGCCAUAUUUAUGUAUUACAGAGCCUUUGACUCAUUCUUGGCGACUUAUUGGGUUUCAAGAAGUGGGCAUCAGUAAAUUAUAUUUGCGGAGGUAUUUCAUAGUCAUCUUUGAAAGUAGUUCAAUAGGUGCCUGCCUUUUUUUUUGUCCCACCUGUUUUUUAGUGGACUCCACAGCUUGAGUAUUAUUUCCCAAGAGUAAAGAUUUUCAUGGACUCUUUCUUGGUGGCGAGAGUCCACAAACCCACCCUUGUUUGUGUAUGGCAGCAGUUGUAGUUUGCACUUCUUUAGCCUACUAUCCUUCUUCUUCCUCCUAUUCUUGGCUAUACGAAAUACUGUGAUGGAACAGGAAGUAGGAGGGAUAUUUAAACUUUUAUUGUAGGGUAUCUUUGCCUCCUCCUGUUGGCCAGGGGAUGAAUUUCCAACAGUAAGGAUUUUUGUGGACUCCAAGAAAGAAAGGAAUUUAUCAGGUAAGCAUAAAUUGUUUUUAAGCACGUUAGUGUUUUACGCUUGUCGGCUUAUUAUUUAUUUAUCUAGUGCUCUGUGUUUUAGACCUUUUCACAUUUCCUUAGUGUGAUACUGACUUGCGCAUGUUGGCUUUUUAGCGUGCUUUGUUUUUUUUUGGUUUUUUUUGUUUUGUUUUUUCAGACAGACAAUGUCACAGCAGUGGCUUACAUCAAUCAUCAAGGGAGAACUCUUAUUCCCCUGGUGAUAAGGGAGGUGUCUUGAAUUCUUACUUAGGCAGAGAACAAUUUUUGUUCAAUCUCUGGGAUUCAUAAUCCAGGGGUGAGCAAUUUGGACUUCCAGAAUUAAAUCUGAUGGUUUCUCAAGCAUCUCAGAUACUUUGCGAGGUCCAGGUAUACUCAGGCGGAGUUCGUGGAUGCUCUAGUAGCUCUUUGGUUGUUUUGUCUGGCUUAAAAUUUUCCUCCUCUUCUUCUUUUGGCAAGAGGGAAAGCCAGGAUCAAACAGGAAGUUUCCUCAGUAAUUCUGAUUGCUCUAGCUUGACCUCGCAGAACUUGGUUUGCAGAUCUAGUUGAGAAAUCUAUUUGUCCUCCAUGGCCUCUUCCUCUGCACCACAAUCUUCUGUUUCAAGGUCUGUUUUUUCUUCAGGACCUCACAUUUCUAAACUUGAUGGCUUGGAGAUUGAACGCUUAGUUCUUAGAGAGGUUUUUCUGAUACUGUCAUUGAGACUUUGAUUCAGGCUUGUAAACCAAGGGGUUGGGAGGCUUUUGUUUCUUGAUGUGUAGAACAUGAUUUUAGCUGGCACUCUUUUAGAAUUCCUAGAGUUCUUCAAUUUCUUCGAAAUGGUUUGGAUAAAGGACCAGGUCUUGGUUCUUUCAGUCUUAUUUUACAAGAAAAUUGCUAAAUUUCCUGAAAUCCACAGUUUUUUUAUUCAACAUUUAGUUAAGAUUAAUCCAGUGAUGAAACCAAUUUCUUCUUCUUCGAAACUUAAUUUGGUUCUAAGAGUUUUGCAGGUUUAUUUGAACCUACGUAUAAUUUGAUAUUCAGCUUUUGUCCUGGAAGGUUUUGUUUCUUUUGGUCAUUUCUUCUGCUAGUUUCUGAAUUCUCUGUUCUUUCCUGUGAGCCUCCUUAUCUUGUUUUUCAUCAGGAUAAAGAAGUUUUUAGAACUAUGUUCCCUCUUUUUGUCGUAAUCCCAAAAAUUUUAAGGAUAGGCUUCUCAAUAACUUGGAUGUUGUCAGAACUUUGAAGUUUUAUUUGCAGGCUACUUUUUUUGCAAUCCUCUAGUUUGUUCAUUUUUCCUUUUCCAGGAAGGGUCAGAAGGCUUUAGCUGUUUUGUUAGCCUCUUGGUUAAAGCUUUUCACUCACAAGGCUUAAAGGACCACUCAAAGUAGAAUUACAUAAUUAACAAGUACAUGAUAAAAAGACAAUGCAAUAGCACUUACUCUGAAUUUCAAAUAAGCAGUAGAUUUUUUUCAGACAAAUUUAUCUUUUCUCCUAUUUUCCGGCCCCCUAUAUCAUGUGACAGACAUCAGCUAAUCACAGACUAGUAUACAUAUACCCUGUGAGCUUGUGCAUAUGCUCAGUAGGAGCUUGCUCCCCAGAAAGUGUGAAUAUAAAAAGAAUGUGUAAAAGUUGAUAAUGGAAGUAAAGUGGAAAUUGUCUUAAAACUGCAUGCUCUAUCUGAAUCAUAAAUGUUUAUUUUGACUUGAGUGUCCCUUUAAAGGUAUUACUGCCCAUUCUACUGGGUCAGUGGCUACUUCCUGAGCUUUUAAGAAUGAGGCAUCUGUUGCUUAACUUUGCAAGUUUGCUACUUCCUUUGAUACAUUUUCUAAACUCUACGAUUUUGAUGCUUGUGCUUCUUCUGAGGCAGCAUUUGGUGGGAAAUUACCCCAGGCAGCUGUUUCUAGGCAUUAACUAUUUUUGUAUAUAUAUUUUUGCAGCAUAAACAAAAAAAAAAGAAAACUCUUAAAAUAAACAUUGAGUAAUCAUUAGUCCAGGCCUCAUUACUCAUGGACGCCACAGCUUGGGUGAAAGUUCCCAGGAGUAAUGGCUUGUGGACUCUCACCACCUUUAUAAAAGAAAAUAUAAUUUAUACUUACCUGAUAAAUUUAUGUAUUUCAUGGUUAUGAGAGUCCACAAGACCCUGCCCAUUUUUUCAUAAAUUUUUGAAUAUUUUUUAUUGUUUUUUUUAUUUAAUUUUUGGAGGCAGUUAAAGUGUGAACAUUCUUUUUUGUUCCUGCUCCUUUGUUUGCUCUUAUCCUUUCCUAUCUUUCUUUUUCUCCAUGCCUGGUUAUACGUCAGACUAGUUUCCUCUACGGUGUGAGGGUUUUUAAAGGGCUUUUGGAGUUUUGGGGAUCUUUGUCCGUUCCUAGUGGUAAGGAGAGUUAUUUCCCAGGAAUAAUGGCUCGUGGAUUCUCACCACCUGAAAGAAAUUUAAUUUAUCAGGUAAGCAUAAAUUAUAUUUUUUUUAUAUAACAUAAAUAUUUGAAUGAACCAUUUAAAUUGAACAUCUUGCUUACUGAAUUAUGACUUUAUGUUAAUGUUAGCAAAUAAUGGAGUGUAGAACAUGGGGAAAAGGUAAGCUAAUUUUUAUUUAUAGAUUGUUAAAAAGACACUUUUGUAUUUUAACCACUUAUAUUUGUUUUAGAAGAGAAUCAGACUAUAUUUUGCCAUUUUAUGUUGAAUACAGAGCUGUUCUAAACGUCAAAGAAAAUAACUUGACAACUAGGAAAUGUCUGGGGUCUAUUCUGUUUUAAAAUAUAUUUCUGUAUUUCUUACUGCUUUGCAAGUUAAUGCCUAGGCAGUGGAUAAUAAUGGCCUGAAAUAGGUCUUUUGUUCACAAAAGCUCAUAUUUCUAAGUGUCUUAUUUGAAUGUCAUUAUAAAAUAAAAUUCUAAUAAUAAAAUACCUCAUCAUAAAUACUA